AUGGCCAGUGAAAGUAGUUCAGCGGUGUUGGAGCUGAAUGAUGCGGACAAUGAGGACACAGAAGCUACAACGGUCACCGAUGAUACUCAUGAGGGAGUACCCCUCAUGAUGGAACAUGGAUAUGAUAUUGCGGUUAAGGUGGACGCGCCAAUGAAACAGCUGUCGACAUUAGAGACGUACGUGACAUAUCGUGUGAGAUGCGUGUGCGCAAGAUGGCCGACCCCGCCCCAUGUUAGGAGGCGGUAUAAUCAUUUCAAAUUACUACACAAGCGACUUUCAGCGGCGCACCCUUUAUUGGCAGCACCCCCACUUCCUCCCCUCCACUCGGCCAGGCAACAGCUGGACAGGUAUUCCCCAGCAUUCGUAGCUGUUAGAACAUGUGCGCUCAACGCUUUUCUAGAUCGAGUUGCGAAGCAUCCAAUACUAACACACAGCGAAGACUUCAGGAUAUUUGUGACAACGGCUGAUGAAGAACUAGACAAGGUAUUUAAGAGUGAAAACAGCGCGCUGAACCUAUGGGGGCUAAGUAGCGCUCUGUACAGUUCAGGAGAGACCAAGGCUGCUAAUGGACCAAGGGUGAAAGAUCCUGAGUUUACGUCAGCAUCGGACUAUCUACAGUCGUUACAACACAAACUGACCGCGCUGUGCUCCCUGACCACGAAGCUACACAACAGUACUAUCUCCUUGGGCAGUGAAUUCAUGGGCAUGAAGCGCGCGUGCGACGCGUGGGCGGCGUCGACGCGCGGGCGCGUGGCGCUGGGCCCGGGCGGCGCGGCGCUGGGCGCGGGGGCGGCGGCGCGCGCCCGCUCGGCGCCGCGCGCGCCCCUCGCGCCGCGCGCCGUGCUGCCGCUGCUCGCGCACUACGCCGCCGCGCACCGAGACAAGAUCAAGCAGCGGGACGCCAUACACGCUGCAUACGUAUCAGGGACCAACGCCACGGACGAUGUACACAAUCGAUUAGAACAAGCCUCCGAAGCCCUCCGCUCGGAACUCGCAGACUGGAUACCAAAAACUCAAGCCGACAUAAAGUCUCUUCUUUUAGACUUAGCAGAGAGACAAGUCAACAUCCACAAACAAACCCUACAUGGAUGGGAGCAAUCUCUCAAACUGGCCACCGAAGCCAACAUUGAAGAUAUCUUCAAAACUGUAUCUAAAACUGCUGUUCAGAAUCUAUCACCAUCCAGGUGUCGAUCAGAAAUGUCUCCAACUGAGACAGAAAGAGACUUAGAUGAAUUUAGCGAUUAUAAUGACACCGAAGAAUUUGACGGCCAUGAUGAUUUUCAAAGGGAAAAUAUUGAUAAGGUCGUGUCUAAUGUUAAUAAGAAUAACGAAGGUGUCUUGAAAGACGUUGUUUAUAAUUUAAAUGACGAUUCUAAAUCAGAGAGAGAUCGAGAUGAUUUAAAGAGUACAAAUAUCGCCAAAGAGACUAAAUUUGAAACCAAUGAUGACAAUUCUAAAUUUAAUUCGGUAGCGUCUAAAAGUGAUUUGAAUAACGAUAAUUUAAAUGCUAACAUAAAAGACAAUCAUCUAGAAGUUUCUAGAAGUAAUAAUAAAACUGAAGAAGAUGUACUAAGUGAGAUUUUAGAAGAGAAACUCCCGUCUGGUAGUGAAAACAAGGGUAGAAGUGAUAAAAUUAUAGAUCCCUUGUCAGAUUUUGCUGAAGUUGAUUUAUCAUGA